AUGGCCUCUUGUAUGCGUUUAGCCUCUUCAAAAGCCUCGUGGAUGUCGUCUGUUCUCUCUCAAUCACGACAGUUGGCGUCAAGAAGUCUGCACACGCGCAAGCCUCUCCCGUAUCCAAUAGAAGGAGGACUUGGGAAGUUCUUGCCGCCACCAGCAUUAGAAACUCUCGUGGAAUACCAGGACGGACUGCUGGAACGGUUCAAUGAGGAAGUGCGCAGUGACCCAAAAUUCGAGAGACACUCGACCGUUGCCCAAACUGCUAUUCGGUACUCUGAACGAAAGGAGCGUACCUUAGCAUUUAACUAUGCUGUGCUAGCGAUAAAUAACAGCUUCUUCCUGGACCGUCUCACACCACCCCCACCAGAAGAAGCUGCUCUGGAUACCCACCAAGACAAAAUCUCUGACGGGCUCGCAGAGGCCAUCCGGCUCAAUUAUGGCGACAUUGUGCGGCUCAAGUCCUCCUUCUCCGCCGCCGCCCUCGGGAUGUUCACCAACGGCUGGGUGUGGCUCGUCACAGACACGGGCGGGAACCUGGGCAUUCUGCCCACCCUUGGCCCCUCGACGCUCCUCAUCCGCUCACGCUGGAACUUAGCGGACCAGCGCAUUUUCAGGGAGGACUCUGAUGGUGAGAACAGUGGGAUCGCAUCGUCUUUCGGCCAGCAGGUCCCCCCAGGUGUCGCACCGUCAUCGCCUAGCUCUGGGGUGUCGAGUACGAAGCCUCUCGGCGGUGCGCUCGACCCCCAUGCACGCGCGUUCUCGUCGACCAUCACGGGCAUUCCGACGACGAGCAUACAUGAUGGAAAGGCGGCCCCAGACGAAGCCAGAGGCCCGAAGAGGAAUAACCUCGCGACGAUGCUCUCAAUGGGAGACAAGCUCUACCCGCUCUUCUGCGUGCCCACAUACGAGCAUGCGUGGAUGAGCGCGGGGUACGGUGUGUGGGGCAAGGAGGAGUGGUUGAAGCAGUUCUGGACGGUGCUUGACUGGGAAAAAGUGAGCAAGGCUUUCGGUGGUAGGAAAUCGAGGGAGGUCAGUUUCAACUAG